AUGGGGGUGCCAGAGGCGGUGGCGCUGGAGAUACCGGCGGUGGAGGAGGGGUCGCCGACGCCGCUGGCCAGGGUGCCACCCAGGAUCAGGCGGAGGCUCCUCCGGGCGGGGGGCAGCGGAGAAAACGGCGGCAAGGCGCCGACGGCCGAGGAGAUCGAGGCCAGGCUACGCCAGGCGCAUCUCCGGAGGCAGCAAUUCCACGAAGCAUUGUCCUCCAAAGCAAGGCGCUCAAUUAAGAGUCCUUCAGGGUCAUCACAGGAGGAGGACCGAGGGCAGCUUCUUGAGGCAAAGCUUGUGGCUGCCAAGCAGAAGAGGUUGAGCCUCUUGGAAAAGGAACAGAGCCGGUUGGCUAAGCUGGACAAACAGCGACAUACUGUUAAGAGUGAUGCAGAGAUGAGGUUCGAGAGGGAAAGGGAAGAACUCGGAAUGAAAGUUGAAUCACGGGUUCAGAAGGCCGAGAACAAUCGUAUGCAACUCCUGCAUGCUCGUUUGCAGAGGCGGGCUGCAUUAGAGGAGAGGACAAAAAGGUACUUUAUGCAAAGACUGACUUGGGAAAACAAGUACAUGGAGCGUGUACGAUCUGCAAUACAGAAGUGUAAUGCUGCUGAGAAGAGACGAUUGGGGCUGCUGGAAUCUAAGGAAAAACGGGCACAGGGUAGGCUCUUGCAGGUUCAACUUGCUGCGAAGACUGCCUCUAACCAGAGAGAAACUGAGAGGAGCAAGUUAAAAGAGCAAUUAGAAGAAAAGCUUCAGAAGGCAAAGCAGCAGAGGGCUGAGUAUUUGAAGCAGCGAGGAAAUCCUCACAGUUCUAUGCACAGCAGUUCAGUUAAAAAUGGAGAAUUUCUUUCAAGAAAACUGGCAAAAUGCUGGAGAAGAUUCAGAACUACUAGGAAAACAACAGUGGUAUUGGCUAGGGCCUUUGAUGCACUGGGGAUAAAUCAGCGAUCAGUUGUGUCUAUGCCAUUUGAAGAAUUAGCUCUCUGCAUUGAAUCUCCUGCAGUACUUCAGACCACUAAGGCAUUGCUUGACCGUCUGGAGAGUCGUUUUGCCUUCUCUCAGUCAUCAAGUUUAUCAGAACCAGAAAAUAUUAACCACCUUCUAAAGCAUCUAGGAUCACCGAAGAGGAGGUUCCUACCGAGCAAUGUGGGAAGAAGUAAAGCAACACUGAAAAAGGCAGUUGGAAAUUAUGACUCCAGUAAGCUGUCUAGAUAUUCGCAAAGGAUUGCACUUUGUGCUUAUAUGAUACUAGGUCAUCCAAAAUCUGUUCUUAGUGGACAAGGUGAGCAAGAGAAAUUGCUUAUGGAAUCAGCAACAAUCUUUGUGAAGGAAUUUGAACUGCUGGUUAAAACAGUACUUGAUGCUCUAGAUGGUGCAUGCAUAUUGAGUCCGUCAGUUCUAGAUGAUGCCACUCCUGGUUGUUCUAGCUAUGAGGAAUCUUCAUCUAUUGUUGCUGAUCUGAAGAAAUUCAGAACUCAGCUGGUUGCCUUUGACAAAGCUUGGUGUGCUUAUCUUUACCAUUUUGUGGCAUGGAAAGCAAAAGAUGCUAAAUCAUUAGAGGAUGAUCUCAUUAGGGCUGCAUGCAAGCUUGAGCUGUCAAUGAUCCAAACAUGCAAAAUAACUAAUGAAGGUGAAUCUGAUAACCUCGGUGGUGAUUUGAAAGCCAUCCGGAAACAGGUUGCAGAAGACCAGAAACUUUUAAGGGAGAGGAUUCAACACCUGGGCAGUGAAGCUGGUAUUGGAAGGAUGGAAUCUGCUUUAUCUGAAACACGGUCAAAGUUCUUUCAAGCAAAGGAGAACAGGAGUUCUGUUGCAACUACUGCAAAUGUAGCAUCUCCUUCAGUUACAUGUUCUUCAGGACAGUCUAAUGUUUCUGAAACUGAGGAGAAUUGUAACAUGGAUGCCGAAAAGACAAGCCGAGUUGUCAAAUCUCUGUUUGGAGCUUCCUCUUCAGGAUAUGAAAGUAGCAAAGGAGGCAAGCUGAUGAGUAAUGCAGCACCAGAAAAAAUGCCUACUGAAAAUGAGCAAAUAGUCAAUGAGAUACUCCAUGAUAUACAUGGUUCUUUUGCUGACAUCUCUGAUGGUACUGGUACCGUUGAAGGUGAUUUCAAGAUAAAAGUCAAGGAAACAAUGGAGAAAGCUUUCUGGGAUAUGGUUGCGAAUUCAAUGAGAGGAGACAUGCCAGACUACGGUUAUCUGGUCAGCCUGGUAAAGGAAAUCAGGGAAGCAUUAGAAGAGUUAGCUCCUGCAGCGUGGAAAGAAGAAAUCAAUGACAAUAUUAACCUUGAAAUUUUGACUCAGUUACUUGAAUCAGGUUCCCAGGACAGACAAUACCUUGGACAAAUUUUGCAGUACUCUCUGGAUAAGCUGCAAAAACUGUCUUCUCCUGCGAAGGAACUCGAGAUGAAGAAGAGUCAUGAUAAAUUGUUGGGAGAAUUGAUCGAAGGCUCUGAAUCUAAUUAUAGAGAUUCAAAUUCAUUUGUUCUUUGUGUUAUCAAGGGUUUGCGCUUCACUAUGGAGGAAUUAGAGGCUCUAAAAGCAGAAGUCAGUAGAGCACGCAUCCAACUAUUGGAACCAAUGAUUAAGGGACCAGGUGGAGUGGAGUACCUGCAGAAGUCUUUUGCUGAUCGCUAUGGUUCCCCUUCUGAUGCAUUAGCUUCUCUCCCUUCAACUGCCCGGUGGAUUUCCUCCUUGAAAGAUGUUGUGGAAGAACAAUGGAAUGAACAUGUCAGCUCGUUAUCAAUUCUGCCAGAAGCAGACCAUGUUCAGCCACUUGUUGCCACCCUCCGAACUGGCCAUGCAGUUCCAGGUCAGCUACAAUCUGUGAUACCUGCAGCAGACAAUGCAGGACUACCAGAAUGUAGGGGAGAAAUACUUGGCAAGCUAAUAAGGAUUGGGUUAUUACAGCUCAUCAGCAGCAUGGAGGGUGUACAAAGGGAAUCAGUUCCUGAGACCUUUAUGCUCAAUUGGUUGAGGCUGCGGUCUGUUCAGAGUAAAUUUCAACAAGUGAUUGUGAUAGCGACAAGCAUGCUUGUCUUGAAUCAGGUCUUAGUGAGCGAGAACCCAAAGAUCACUCCUCCUGAGCUGGAGAGUGCGGCUUUGGAACUGUUCAACGUCCUCACAAGGCUACUAGACAACUUUCCAGAUGUUGGCACUGAGAAAAUCAUUGAGGCCAUGAUGUAUUCAUCGACCUCAAGGAGCUCGUUGUCAGAUCAUGAUAUGAUGGAUAGUAGGAAGGAGAUGCUGACUAGGGUCUUCCUUAAAAGCCUCCAGACCGAUGACACCAUCUUCAAGAAGGUCUCUCAGUCUGUCUACUGUGCAUUCCGUGCAAUCACUCUGUGCGGCAGUGGGGAGAAGGGCCGGAAGCUCACCGAUGCAUCCCUGAGGCGCAUCGGGGCAACAAAUCUCACUGCACGGCUAGUGAAGGCAGCUGAAGUGCUUAUCAAAGCAGCAAUGGUGUCAGAGCAGGUCCAUGGCCCAUGGUACGCAGUUGUUGUGAUUGUGAACGGUUCUGCUACCGCGGAUAUAUAG